AACUUCCUGAAACAAGAACUUUUUCAGAACUCCAGUCAUUGACACUGUAUCCAAUGUGAUAUUGCGUUACCCCUUAUUAGAAUACUUCUGUAGAUAACUUAAAAUAACAUGUUUUCCAGAAUCACAAGUUCAAAACAGCUUUGCGUUGUGUUUCGCAAUUGUUUUUCAACUUCAUCAAGGUCUGAUGUGAAGGUAGCUGUUUUGGGUGCCGCUGGGGGCAUUGGCCAGCCCUUAUCUCUCCUCUUGAAACAGUCUCCCUUGAUCACACAGUUGGCUCUUUAUGAUAUAGCACAUACACCAGGGGUAGCUGCAGAUCUCAGUCACAUUGAAACCAGGCCAAAAGUCACUGGCUACCUUGGCAGUGAUCAGCUUGCUGAUGCUGUGAAAGAUGCACAGCUAGUUUUGAUACCUGCUGGAGUUCCCAGAAAGCCAGGUAUGACAAGAGAUGACCUGUUUAACACCAAUGCUGGUAUUGUAGCCAAUCUUGUUGAUGCCUGUGCCAAAAACUGCCCCAAGUCAAUGAUUGCCAUUAUCACUAACCCAGUCAACUCAACAGUCCCAAUAGCUGCUGAGGUCUUAAAGAAACAUGGUGUGCUUGAUGAAAAAAGAUUGUUUGGUGUCACAACUCUUGAUGUUGUCAGGUCAAACACAUUCAUCGCAGAAGCCAAGGGCUUGGAUGUGACAAAAGUGAAAUGCCCAGUCAUUGGAGGCCACAGUGGUAUCACUAUUGUCCCAGUCAUUUCACAGUGCACCCCAGCAGUGUCUUUCCCUCAAGAGGAGAGAGUUAAACUCAGUGUUAGAAUCCAGAAUGCUGGCACAGAAGUUGUUGAAGCCAAGGCUGGUGCAGGCUCUGCUACUCUGUCUAUGGCCUAUGCAGCCAAUCUUUUCGCUAAAGAUCUCUUAGAGGCUAUGAAUGGCACAGAGGGCAAAGUGCAGUGUGCUUAUGUAAGAUCUGAUGAGACAGAGGCCAAAUAUUUUGCUACUCCUGUAUUAUUAGGCAAAAAUGGUAUUGAAAAGAACCUUGGCAUUGGUAAACUGUUGGACUAUGAACGCAACUUGAUUACAGCAGCCAUGCCUGAACUGUUGGCUAACAUCAAGAAAGGAGAAGAAUUUGUGGCCAAAAAUGUUAAGUGAUAACGAAAUAUAUCUUUAUAAAUUUAUAUAUAUAUAUACAAAUGAGACAAUAUGUUGUUUGUGUAAUUGAUAUUAAUUAUGUAGAAAACUGAAAGGCUUGGUUUCCAACUAAAUCAGAGCUGUUAGUUUGUAUUUUAUUCCAAUUUGAUAGAAAUGCCCAGAACUUAAUUUUAUUUUACUUCAUUUGUCCACAUUAUUUUUUCUAGAUCUAUAUUUUUUGUAAAUGACAGAUUAAUGGUCAAGUUUUUGUUGAUGAGAUUGUAAGACAAUACAUGUUAAUGUAAAGAGACUUGCUGACAAACUGUUUACUUUGUGAUUGCCUGUUGUUCUUGUACUGCCAACAAUGCGUUUUUUUUUUCUUUUUAAUGAAUAAACAUCUAGAUGAGUUUAA